UUCCCGUUCUCUGGUUCUGCUAGCUGCCGUCGCUAUGGAGGAACCAGAGAUGCAGCUCAAGGGGAAGAAAGUCACGGACAAGUUCACUGAGAGCGUCUAUGUCCUGGCCAACGAGCCAUCUGUGGCCCUGUACCGGCUGCAGGAGCAUGUGCGCCGCUCUUUGCCUGAGCUGGCCCAGCACAAGGCGGACAUGCAGCGGUGGGAAGAGCAGAGCCAGGGAGCCAUUUACACUGUAGAGUACGCCUGCAGUGCCGUCAAGAACCUGGUUGACAGCAGUGUCUACUUCCGUAGCGUCGAAGGUCUGCUCAAACAGGCCAUCAGCAUCCGAGACCACAUGAAUGCCACUGCCCAGGGCCACAGCCCCGAGGAACUGCCCCCGCCCUCCUCAGCCUGAUCCUGGAAGAAUCCUGAAGGCCCCUGUCCUCCCCCAACCCAGAAGAGAAAACCGAGGCUCAGAGAAGCGAGACAGCCCAGGGUCGAGGCCCAUGCCCGGAAGCACCAAGAUUCACACCCAGACCCUCUGACCCCUCCACAUGGUCCUCGGCCCAGGUGCCUCAUGGGACAACUCUAUACCUCUCAGACUCCUUCCUCACUGCCUAACCUGACCAGAGCUGGGCCCCUGGGUACCACCUUGUGUAACCCAGAGGGAUUAAAGACCAAGCCAGUGGGGCCAACACAGACCUGUUCCUGCUGAAACCUCCAGGCCCAGCUAAAAUCAUCCCAAGACAUGCCUUUUCUUCCUACACUCUUAUCUGCUCUUGGAUCAAUAAUUGCCCCCAUGAUAAUCCUGA